AGUUGGACGACCCAAAUCGAUAAAAGAGGUUGUUUACCAGGGAAGAAUUUUCAUGUGAUUUUUCGUUAAAAGUCUGUGAGCAUGUCUACAAAGCGUAAAGCUGAGGAUGUAAUCGUGGAGGGGGAUGUUAAGCAAACUAAACUCGAAAACACCGAGAAAACUGAAGUGAAAGGCGACGAAAAUGGAGCUGCUGCAUCACCAAACGACCACGGAGAAAAACCAAACACAGAAAACGAUGCUACAGAAUCUAAUAAAACAGAGGUCGAAGCACCGAUACCUCCACAGACGGACGUGCCGCCGGUGCGUCGAGAAGGCGGUACCUUCCUAAUUGCCGGCUGCACAAACUGGGACCUGACCGGUCGCAAGACGGCCCCGAAGAAUGCGGGCAAAGUGGGUCCGGCCUCGGGUCGCAACCUGUGGUCGCCACACAGAUUCGCUCCACUGGCGGGAGUCCGUGUCAAGCUGGUGGCUUCCGGCUGCAAUGCUGCCCACAAUAUCAUCGUCACAGAAGAGGGUCAGGCACUCGCUUUGGGUCGAAACGAGAAGGGGCAACUGGGCCUCGGGGAUACGGUGAGGCGCGAUAUACCGACACCCAUCGAAGCUGUGAAGAACCUGAAUGUGGUCGGUGCAGCGUGUGGGCGGAACCAUACUCUGCUGCUGACAGAUACGGGUGCCGUGUUUGCAGCUGGUGACAACAAGCUGGGCCAGUGCGGCGUGGGCAACCAGCACCCUGUCAUCGCCACGGCCACUGUGCUGAGCUACAAAGGCCCUCCGGUGGUGAAAGUUUGCUGCGGGGGCGAGUUCAGCGUCGUACUGGACUGCAAGGGUGUGCUCCACUCGUUUGGAUGUCCCGAGUAUGGUCAGCUAGGUCACAAUACAGAUGGGAAGUACUUCGUUACGAGCAACAAGCUGGGUUUCCAUUGCGAAACAUCUCCCAAACGAAUAGUCUUCUAUGUCGAGAAGGCCAAGGACGGGCACGUCACACCGGUGGAGGUAUUGGAGAUCACAGACUUCAGCUGCGGAUCGAAUCAUACGGUGGCGGUGGACAGCAAGAAGCGUGCCUUCUCGUGGGGCUGGGGCGGGCUGGGUCGCCUGGGACACGCCGAGCAGAAGGACGAGCUGGUCCCGCGACUCAUCAAGUUCUUCGACUCGCAGUCGCGGGGUGUGCGUUCCGUCCACUGCGGCUCGUCCUACAGCCUCGCCGUCAACGAACUGGGGUGUGUGUACUUAUUUGGGCAAACAAAGCGUACCGGUGAGGCUAAUAUGUACCCGAAGCCCGUCCAAGAUCUCACCGGUUGGACAGUGAGAAGUGUCGGCUGCUCAGUUACGUCGAUCGUCAUGGCGGCCGACGAGAGUGUCAUCGCGUGGGGCCCGUCACCUACUUACGGCGAAUUGGGACUCGGCGAGCUCCGUAAAUCUUCGACGACACCGAUGGAAGUUAAGGCGCUGGAGGGUGUGUACGUGAAGCAGGUCUCCUGUGGCAUGGGACACACAAUGUUCAUUGCACGGAACGACAGUGAGCAAGACGAGGCCCGCCUUGCCAAAUUGCCAGAGUACAGCCCUUAGGUCUGUCCCGGUCAGCGACGCUGUCACCUGCCGGUGCGUCGUGCUUCUGGACACUGCCGGUCACUUGUCCUAACUCGAUUUGGUCUGUUUUUUAUUGAGAGCAUAGUCUCUUUAGAAAUAUACAGUUGACAGAGGUUAGUAACAGCAAGUAGUUUUAAAGUCACAAGUUGGUAAAAUUAUGUUUAGUUCCACUUUCCAUACUUCAUUCUCAGUGUAAUUUCAGAAUCCCCCCCACUCCCUGUUUGAUUUAGCAAGCCUUUCUCUUUCUGACUUAUUACUUCAGAACUGUCAGCUCACCAUUCACAUUAUUUGUGGUUUCCCUAUUGAGGCCUAAGUCCAAGAAAAUAUCUACCAUUUCCCAGUUUUAUUUACUUUUCGUAUUCUCUUCGAGUUAUCGACUUCUUUGAGCCGGUGCAGAAUGUGUUACUGCCGAUGCCUUUUGUGCGUGGAUUUUUACAGUUGCUUUGAGGGAAACCUGUUAAAGUUUGUGAAAUCAGAUGGAAGCACGCGUACUAGGUGUUGCCGAAUGAUGGUGUUACGUCUCUAGGUUAAGAGUACAUUUUGGUAACUUAAGUCACGGUAUCUCGAGAGAUACUUGAAUUUGUAGUUUUUUAAAAAAAGAACAGUUAAAAAUGUGUAAUUUGUUUCACUAGGUGAAAUGCGAUACGCACACUCACUUUGGAUACUCGGAACCUCUCACUGAGGAUUGAGGAAUGAAAGUGUCCUGUCUUGUGGUCAGUGGUUUGUCCUCUGUGAAUGUGUCUACAUGUGUUGUUAGUAUAGAAUAUGGCUGGGAAACUGACAGGGAAUGUGAUGCUUGUUUGUACUUCUUAAUAAGUUGUCAUUCUUGGUUUCCGCCCAUUCGUUUACUGUUGUCAUUCUGUUUUUCUGCACGAGAACAUUCCAUUCUAGUAGUACUAUCACUAUACAAUAAUUUGUCAAUGGCAGUCUCUGGAAGGUGAGAAGAGCGGUAAGCACUGUGUCCUCCCUUACUGUCUGAUAACCACGUACUAUAAUUUUAAUCUGGGACAGAUUUGAGCUAUUCUUUUUUGUUUGUUGGAUUGAAUACUUCUUUAUGACAGCUAAGUUGACAAUUUUUUUUUUAAAUAGCAAACAUGUCUUGUUACUUGCCAUCUCGGUGCAGCCAAUAAAAAUUGGCAAAACUUAAGCGUCUAGCACAAUUUUGGUACAUUAAGCACUACUGUUCCUAGAGAAUUUUUACAGACUCCUUUUUUAAAAAUCCUGAAAUCUCUCAGCCGAAGAUUGAUUUGAUAAAACUAUACUCUGUCAGCUUCUCUUUUUAAAUGACUCUGUAAAACUAUGCUCUUAUUUGCACUUAAACUUGCCUGGUUGUGGGUGAAAAAGAAACUAUGAAAAUUAAGAAAAAAAAUAUAAAGUGUGUAUGCAAAAAGUUAUUUUUUAAGAAACAAGAAUAUAAGAAAACAUGUAGGAUCUUACUAAUGCUAAAUAAUUUAGGAGUAAACUAUUAUAGUUUGGCCAUGUGCAUUUAACUGUCAUAAUUUCUGUGACGGAGGUUGUGAUUUGCUUUCCAAAAGCUACUUUUACUCUACAGUUAAUGGUAAGGUAAACGAAGGAUAUAAAGUCCACUGUUCCAUAACUUUUUGCCAUGUUUAUUACAAGAACAAGGUGUGUGUGUGUGUGUGUGUGUGUGUGUGUGUGUGUGUGUUUUAAGAUGCCAGUGUCCAAAGUAUAAUGUAGAGUUGUUCUCUUGUGAUGUGUACUUUUUUAGUUAUUAAUAGCAAAAAAGUACAAACGUGUUAAAAAUCAAACCUACUAUAAUGUAGUAAUACAGAUCUUUUGACAUUAAUGAUUAAUGUGUGAACAUUUGUCAUUGUCGUGUGAACAUUCCAUUACAUAAACCAUGACACUUCAUUUCUGCAUUUUAAGAUAAAAAAUCAUAAAUUUGGAUGUUUUUAAGUUUCUUGUAUGUUGUAUAACUCUUACCUGUGUGGAACAAGAAUUUAUAAGUACUUGUUGUCACAGACAUAAAAAAUCAAAAAGUGAAAUGUUAAUGCCAAUACUGUAAGUUGGGCAGAUGGCAUUUUUUUCUGUCAUUUUAGGCAUGGUGAAUAUAAAUUUAGUUAGGCUGUAAAACCGUGGGCCUGAACAGUACUAUUCAGUUAGUCUUUUAUUGUCAACAUUCACCUUGUUGGGUCUUCAAAAAUGUAGAACUCUGCCAGUCCACAAAAAGCUAUUCUUUUUAUUGGUGUGCUGCACCAUUUUGGGAAUUUGUUACAUUAGUGUAAGUGGUAGAAUUACAGUAUUAGUAAUGUCACAUUACAGUAGUACCACCAUGUGAGACUGACGUGGAAGUUGCACAUUUUUGUCUAAAGUAAUACGUGUACAAUUUUCUAAUUCGCAACUUGCACAGUACAUGUCAUCUGUAAUUGAUGUCCUGUGAACACUUCAUCAUAUCUUUUAAGCCAGUUCUCUAGGGCACUGUCCAUUAAAGACUGGAAAUCCUGGACAUAUUCCUGUCAUUCCAUGGUGUGUAUUUCUUGUCACACUGACCAGCAAUGCAACAUCUGAGCAGGGAAUAUUACUGUUCCAGUUGUAUGUGAUGCUUUCAUUUAUAGAAUGUAUAGCCAACGAGUAGUCUCUUUAAAUUUUUUGAAUUGGAAUACUGAGGCGCACAUUAAUUGUUUUACAAUAUUAAGGUAAACAACCUUCCUUCACUUAAUCAGUCAAAGAAAGUGCACAUUAUUCCUUACCCAUACACGACACAACUGCAGACUUUGGUUUAAUGUCAGUCAUUUGCCUCACAGUGUAGAUAUUUCUUGAUCUUUAUAGACUUUACAAAUUGUCAUUUAUAUCUGCCUCGGAUUUGAUAAGCAAGUGAAGGAGAUUUGCUCACUUCAGUUUGCUGUAGAAAUUUCACCUUUUGACUAUGUUCUGUACUGUAUCUGUGGCAACUGUACUUAACUUUGUAUUUUUGUGUUGUCAGAGAAUUUAAUAUGUACCCUGAAUGGCUGUCUUAAUAUUAGCCUGUCUCAAGAGUAUUUGACAUUUACUUUUGUACAAGUGUGAUUGUUUUAUAUGUGGCAGAAAGUAACAUGUGUAGUGUACUUAAUGUAGAGACCUCUCACACAGUCUGAUUGACAAAAUUGUCAGUAUUAAUAUUGGACAAAUAUUGUUUGGUGAUGUAUCCUCAAUAGGUGUUGCUCAUUCUAGCCAGUCUGAAACACUCUACAGUCCAUGCCAUGUGUAUCAUCACAAUUUGUGAGGCCAGUGGAGUCAAAGAUUAGAAGACAGAAAUUUGUAUGAAUUUACAAGAGAAAAGCCAAGUGAUAAGCAAAACUAUGCAGUCAACUGAAAGGAAUUUCGUUUAUUGCUGUAUUUUUAAUAUAGAAAGACAAUCUGGAAAGUAAUUUUAAAAAUUAUCUAUUUACAACAAGUAACCAAGCCAUACAUGAACAUUAUUAACACAAAAUUUAAGCAUUAUUAUUUAAAAAUUGGUUAGAAGUGGAAGUGAAAGUACUGAAGCCAUCUUGUGCAUUUUAUUUAUGAAAAAUAAUUAAUCGGGAAUUAAAUCAAAGACUUUUUUUAAAAUGUUGACAAGAGUUAGUGAUAUUUAUAAAAUAAUUAGUUCCUGGAGAUAUGUUUUGUUUUCCACAUUUUUACAGGAAAAAAAAUCACAUAGCAAAAUUUUCAUUCUGCAGCAGUAUGCUAACUUGUGUGGAACCUCUGAAUUGCAUAGUUUUAUGUUAUCAAGCCUAUUGAUUACUCACAGUGAUGACUGGCUGCUCUCAUUGACUUCUAUUCUUUUGACAUGUUUGUUCUGUUUCCUAGUUUUAAUUUUUGGUUAUUAUAUACCUACAAUCACCCACAUAGGUGACAUUUAAUACUUCAGAGUAGAUCUGUGUCUGAGUUGUCUCCUUUUAACUUGCAACUGGUUGAUGGAGACUGCUGGUAUAAUAAUGUAAUAUCAUAUGGAGAAACAGAGUUGAGCAUUUACAAAUUUUCCAGAUAUGUCCUUCACAGUUACUUUUAAAAUGAAAGAAUUCAGUAAUUGGAAAAAACCAUAUUUGCACUCACUAUAUAGAUCUCAUAAUGAAAAAGCUUUUUUGAUGUACAGAAUAUUUUAAAGAUGUAGAACAUGGAAAAAGUGAUUCAUUAUUUUUUACUGAGUUUAGUUUUUAAGAGUUGUAAAUGGUUGCCUUGACUGCAUAGAUAAAAUGGACCGGUAUUAUAGUUAAUAGUAUUUUUUGUGUGCUUUGUAAAUUUAGAAUUUAAACCUCUUUGGGACUUCCUUUUUGUGUCUAUUUAUAAGCAUGAUUGCUCCGGAAGAGAGGAUGUUCGGCAAGUGUGAAAACUGACUGCAUUUUGAAUAACUUUGAGAUUUAUAGCAUGUGCCUGUAUUUUGGAGAGUGAUUUAAUUGUUGUACAAUGUUGCACCUAUUUUAAAGUCAGAGCGCUUUAGUGAAUAUCUUCUCCCUGGAAAAGUUGGGAAGCAAUUGUUGUGCCCAUUUUGAUGUAAUUUCUUGUCUCCCUAUGUACCUAUUGAUGUAAAACAUAAAUGCACUGGCAAAAGUGUGGUGGUACUAAGCACAAAGUAGCAUUUAAUUUAGUUGUAAGCCUUUUUGUUGUUUGCACAACAGAUUGCCGCACUGAACUGAUGGAAAGCUAAAGUGAUUUAAUGAAAAAGACAUUUUCUAUCAGUUUUAUGGGCACAGAAAUAUCAUAUCUGUUAAGUGUAGAGGAGGAGUACAAAAUUUCUCAGCAUUCGUAUUUUAAGUCCGGUUUUGAAAGUUGGUAUGUGAAUUUUGUAGCUUUAGAGGAAUGUCCAUCUUUGUAUACUCUUAUGAUUACAACAUUAAUCUAUUUAAGUGGAAGGGCAUGUUAAGAGCGCCCUUAUAAAACAGAAUUUUCUUGCCAGAAUGUGUGUACAGAUAUUUUGUGAGAGCAAAUAUUUCUCAGUGGGAAGGUACUCGGAUGUGUUUUUUCAACAAUUCGUGUACAACUCAGUCUAUUCGUGUUCAGCAAUUUUAUUGUCCUUUCUCAAUAGAUUUUCUCAGAUAAUAAAUGUUUAAGAAGAGAAACAUCUUUUUGCAGUUACUUCUAAAAAUUUUAACAAUAUACAAUUUGGGAAGCCAAAAAUAUAUAUACAAUGGUUCAUAAGAAUGGACUACUACCUCAUAAAAUAAGUUUUGUAAGUUUUUGUUCUUUGUAUAGACUUUGAAAAAGAAAAAACUUUUCAUCUGAUGC